UAUUACAACAAAGAAAAACCUGAAAACUACCUACACUCAUGUUAUGAAGUCAGUACUUUUAUGCACACAUAUAGGCAUAUCCUGAACCCAACUCAUGAUAAGCACUCAUGGCCAAAAAGUGACCAAGGUCCCAUCAUUCCACCAGAGCCAAUGAAUAAGAGGAGGGGCAGGAAAACUUUGCUUAGGAGGAAAGAAGUGGAUGAAAACCCUGGCUUUUCCAGGGGAAAAGUAAGUAAGAAAGGUGUGAAAAUUAAAUGCAGCUUGUGUGGUGCAACAGGCCAUAAUAAGAGAUACCAUGGGCAGAACAACACAACAAGUUCAGCAUGGACAUCACAGGGAUUUGGACCUGUGCCAGAGAACAUAAUGUAGUUGGGUUAGAUUUAAACAUAGGUGGUGUUGACAAUGACUUGGGUGGUG